UUAUUUCUGCUAACUCUGAGAAGGGGGAGAAAGAGAUUCUUCCACACAAACCAGCGAAAAAGCGAAAGCGCAUUUCUCGUGAUUCUGCAUGGCUUAAAUCCCCUGCGACGCACCUGAGCUCGACUAUUUACAAUCUCUGCGACCGAGCGAGAGGUAGAGGGAGCUAAUUGGUUCGGAGAAUGACGUCUGACGGAGCAACGUCAGCGGCGAGGACGGCGCGGAGAAAGCCGUCGUGGCGGGAAAGGGAGAACAACCGGCGGAGAGAGAGGAGGAGGAGAGCCAUCGCGGCGAAGAUAUUCACCGGCCUCCGAGCUCAGGGAAACUUCAACCUGCCCAAGCACUGCGACAACAACGAGGUCCUCAAAGCUCUCUGCCUCCAGGCCGGCUGGACCGUCGAGGUGGACGGCACCACCUACCGAAAGGGAUUGAAGCCAAUUCAAAAUGAUACGCCGGGCGCAUCGACCAAGAUAAGCCCAUACUCUUCGCUAAAUCCGAGUCCAAUCCCGUCCUACCAAGUCAGUCCUUCGUCUUCGUGCUAUCCCAGUCCCCCCCGUUUCGAUCCCAGCACUAAUUCAUCCAAUCCCUGCCACUAUCCCCCUUCUACAAUCCCAUCACCUCUUCCUCCCCUGCGAAUUUCCAACAGUGCCCCUGUAACCCCGCCGCUCUCCUCCCCGACCUCCAAACGCCCCAACCCAAUUCCCAACUGGGACUCCAUCGCUAAACAGUCCAUGGGCUCUUUCGAUUACCCGUUUUAUGCCAUCUCCGCUCCGGCGAGCCCGACCCGCCACCACUAUACUCAUCCUCCAGCUGCCACUAUCCCGGAAUGUGACGAGUCCGAUACUUCCACCGCAGAUUCCGGCCAAUGGGUUUGCUUCCAGAGAUUUGCUCCUUCUCUGUCGGCAAUGCCGGCCUCUCCGACCUUCAAUCUUGUGAAGCCUGUUUUUGCUCACCAGAAUAUUCCCGCGGAUCAAAUUCCGGACGUAAAGCCGUGGAUCGGAGAGAAGAUUCACGAGGUGGGACUUGAUGACUUGGAGCUCACGCUUGGAAAUGGUAAGGCUCGGAUUUAAUCCAAUCCCGAAUUCGGGAUUGGCGAUCUGCCACAACCUUUUCUGGGUCAAUCUGCAUAUCUCGAACCAUACAUGUUAUUUGCAAAAUUUAAAUUUAUUUUAUCUAAAAAAAAUUCCAUUCGAAUUUAGUUGGGAUGUUUUAAUUUAGAUAUUGGCAUUGUUGUGUAUCGUUUUUCUUGUUCAUAUGCACCAGUUCUUUUUAUUUUAUUUUUUGUAUUAUAUUAUCUUAUUUUGUAGACUCAAGAAAUGACAGUUCAAUGGGAAUGUUGUACAUUGGAAA